CGUGUCGAAGGUCACGGCGCGCUCACAAUGGAGCUCUCGGAGUCUGUGCAGAGAGGCUUCCAGACGCUUGCGGAUCCCGGCUCCUUCGACUCCAACGCCUUCGCGCUUCUCCUCCGGGCGGCUUUCCAGAGCCUGCUGGACGCCCAGGCGGACGAAGCUGUGCUGGAUCAUCCAGACUUGAAACAUAUUGACCCUGUGGUUUUAAAAUGUUGUCAUGCAGCAGCUGCAACAUAUAUACUGGAGGCAGGAAAGCACCGAGCUGACAAAUCAACUCUAAGCACCUAUCUGGAGGACUGUAAAUUUGACCGAGAGCGAAUAGAACUGUUUUGCACAGAAUACCAGAAUAAUAAGAAUUCCCUGGAAAGCCUACUGGAAAGUAUAGGCAAAUCCCUCCCUCAUAUAACUGACGUUUCUUGGCGCUUGGAAUAUCAAAUAAAGACCAAUCAACUUCAUAAGAUGUACAGACCUGCAUAUUUGGUGACCCUAAAUGUAGAGAACACUGAUUCCCAGUCCUACCCAGAGAUUAGUUUUAGCUGCAACAUGGAACAAUUACAGGACUUAGUAGGGAAACUUAAAGAUGCUUCAAAAAGCCUGGAAAGAGCAACUCAGUUAUAAGUUGGAGAAAUUAACGAUCCCCCGGAGUAGAGGAAAAGCAGAAGAAACACCUUGCGUUUAGUUGAAUCGUUGCUUGUACGAGCUGCAUGCCUUCAUUUUCAAUAGGAAAAAGUUUUCCCCUGAAUUUAUGCCAUUCAUCAAUUUUGACUAAAAAAACCAUAAGGGAGUGCUAUGCAUUUAACUCAUCCUUGAUAUUACCCGUACAUUUCUCUGUAUUUUGAUCUUUUUCAAGCCUUCCGAAAGAAAUAUUACACCCUGAAUAAAUAAGGUGGUGUUCCCAUAAAAACCG